AACAUUUCUGGAAAGGGGAAAAAUAAAAUAAUAAAAUUCGUACUUUCUCAUUGAGUGUAAGAAAGUUGCGUAAAUAGUUUUAGAUUUUAGUUGACCAUAUAAUGAUAUCUUGUAGGACUUAAAACAGUGUAUAAAUAAGUCGUUACAAUGAGUAAGCAUAUGUAUUCUACCGCAAACCUUAGUGACAAAGAAUUGAAAGAACAAGGAAACAGACUUUUUAGUUUGCGUCGCUAUGAAGAUGCCAUGAAUUGCUAUACGAAGGCUAUAAUAAAAAACCCAUCAGUUGCCACGUACUUCACAAACCGAGCACUAUGCCACCUCAAGAUGAAACGCUGGGAGGCGACCUGCCAAGACUGCCGUCGCGCACUUGACAUCGACUCGAACCAGGUCAAAGGACACUUCUUUCUGGGACAAGCGCUGGUUGAACUCGAGUUCUAUGAUGAAGCCAUCAAGCAUCUUCAUAGGGCCAAUGACCUUGCGAGAGAGCAAAAACUCAACUUUGGCGAUGAUAUAGCGGCACAGCUCCGUAUUGCCAGGAAAAAGAGAUGGAAUGUUCAGGAAGAGAAGAGGAUCACACAGGAGAUUGAACUCCAGACAUAUUUGAAUAGGUUAAUAAGUGAAGACAUGCAGCAUAGAAUAGAAGCCUUAAAACUAGAACACAAUAACGAAGAUGAUGUAAAUUUAAAAACGGCGAAAAUAGAAGAGGAAUGUAAUAACUACACCAGCGAGCUAAAUAAUUUAUUUGCCAAAAUAGAUGAUAGGAGAAGGAAACGAGACGUUCCCGAUUAUCUAUGUGGGAAGAUAAGCUUUGAAAUACUGAACGAGCCGGUGAUCACGCCGAGCGGCAUCACGUACGAGAAGAAAGACAUUGAAGAACAUCUUGAGCGCGUCGGCCAUUUCGACCCCGUCACCCGCGUGAAGUUAACAGCGGAUCAACUCAUACCUAACUUCACGAUGAAGGAGGUCGUCGACUCAUUCCUUCAGGAGAACGAGUGGGCUCUCGACUAUUAAAUGGUUCAAUAUGUAUGGGUAAUUAAGUUUUAAAUUGUCUACCUAGUUGUAUAAAAUAAACCCGGUUAUCUUUACCCGUAUAUAUUUUUUCAAACACAUAAAUAAUGUCAACUAGGGUGAAUAGGGACAAGACUUCAGAUGCGAUUUGCAUUAAUAAAAAGUACCUAGGAAAAGUUAAUUUAAUUGAAAAUAGUAGUAGAUUUUGUGUGUCACAGUAUCUGUUAAGAAAUUCUGUAAUAUAUACAUUUUAUGUUUUGUCCCUAUUCACCCCAGUUAUCCUUAUUCGUAACGUUUGACGGUACCUGUGCGAGCAGCAUAGCAAUAUGAUAUGUGUGCGAUAAACAUAGCACUUAGAUCGCCGGCCAUUUUUAGCCUGUGACUCGCGUGAAGUUAACAGCGGAUCAACUCAUAUCUAACUUCUGCGUGAAGAAGGAGAACGAGUGAACGCUCGGCUAUUAACUAGUUCAAAAUAUGUUAUGUGUAAUUAUCUAAGUUUUAAUUGUUAUGUUAUUAAUAUAAUAAAGCUGGUUCAUCGUUGCCCGUUGGAUUUACCUUUCUGAAAAAGAACUAUUUUUGUAUAGGUAUGAUAUAAUAUAUCAAAUCUAAAAUAAAUGCGUAUUCCGAAUGAGGAGGCACACUGACAUUUUAUCCCGCCAGGCGGCGCCUGUGCAAGUGUCUAGGCAUGUCACUGUCAUACAUAAUUUGUGAGAGAGAGAGAUAGAAAUAAAUAUCUUCUCGCUCUCACGUAUGAAAUUCUUUAUCUGUGCAAUGGACUAAUAAGGUGGCGCCAUCUGUUAUAAUCUUUGAGUGUGCCUCCUCAUUUCAAGCGGUACGGUUGACAAACCCGAGGUCAUGUCUACUGGCUGUUCUAAAGAUUUAGCGUUGGUACUAAUUUUAUGUGAAAACAACCUAUAUUAUUUGAUUAAGAUUUAACUGAACAUAAAAUAUGAUUUGAAACUGUAGACAGAAGUUUAAAUAAAUAAAUAGGUAAAUAUGGGGUUAUUUGAGAAUGUUAUACUGAUAAGGGUACGUAAUAACAUGUUGAAUUGAAUAGUGUUCGGAAUGUGGUAGAAUUACAUUUAUAUUUUUAUCCUUUGCUUUUUUCAAAACAUUAGCGGAAUUGGUUGCUAAAAAGUCUAAUUAGGUAUAUCUAGUUUUUGAUCUGAAAAUUUUGAUUCUGACUGUACUCUUUAAUUUUCUUUGCCCAUUGAAUGAUAAAUUACUUUUAAUACUAAAACACCUGAGUGUAUAAAUUAAUGUAAAUAUUUUAUUGAUUUGUAAUAGUUUAAGGACCAUAUAUCAAUCCAAACUGCACAGUAUGUACCUUGAUUUGUUGACCCAAUACCUGUAUCCGUCUAGUGACGUGCCAUUUCCAGGAAAAUUCACUACAUACAUAAUACAUAUACAUACAUACAUA